AAAUUGGCAAUAUUAACUUGGGGGGCUGUACAUGGCGAUAAAACUUUCCAAAUAGGCCGUUUUUUGUGUAUGUCCUUUAGGGAAUGCUAUUUACAACAAAUAGGAGAAAUUUCUAUAGUUAAUUUGUGAUUAUUAUUCAUCUGAAACUAAUCAUUCUUAAUUAUAUCCAUUUAUUAUAUAGCCAAGAUUAAAUUUCUUAGCAUAAGUUUAUAAGAGUAUUUCAAAUUGGGUUGCAAUUGUGUGUGCUUAUCACGGUUUGAAUUUUUUUUUUAUACAGGAAAGGGAUUUUAAGACUUAAAGUACAGUUGGUAACAUACAACUUUAGCAUCCAAUCAUAGUCAUAUCUAAUCCACUCCUACUUCAAUAUUCAUUGCUUAGUUUAAGACUACUUUCGUUAUAUAUUGAUAGACAGGCUUAACAAGAUUCUACGCUGGAAUCAUUAACAACAUAUAUUCAUACAACCAUCAUCUAUUAUAGGGUAAUACAAACUACUAGAGAUGGUGAAUCAGGAUCAAGAUGAUCUUCCUCCACCAACUAUAGUGAUACGUGCUACAACAGAGGAUGUACUAAACGACCAAUCUUCACAAUCCCCACCACCAUCACCUUCACAAGUAUCGACAAAUUCAUGGGUCGAAUCUAGAUCAAGAACACGAACACGAACACGAACGUCUUCACAAGCAUCACCAUUUGUGGAAACCAGUUUUACACAACAAUAUGAUCCAAAUGUAUCUUACAGUGCAUCACAUUCAAGUCAAGCUCGUGAACCAACUAAUCGUCGUGGUAGUAAUCUGUGGGUAUUUAGUCGAAUAAGUCGAAAUGAAGCAAGAACACCAAAUCUCGCAGCUGUAGAAUCAGUAAAAAACGAUGAUGAUUUUAAAGAUUUCGAAGAAGGAUUGGGAUUUGCAUUAGGUUCAUCUGAUAAAGCUCCAAAAUGGUUCCCAGUAAAUCAUGACAAGCCAUCUGAUACUCAUUUAUCCACCAAUGAUCCACCUGAUAGAAGUGCGAGCCGGAGUCCUUAUGAUCUUGGAGGAGAUAUACCAAGAGUACAUACCCAUACAUCAACAAGAAGCUUUGAUGAACAUUCAUUACAUACCAUCCUCCCUCUGUCUUCUACCACCCCCUACCCAUCUCACCAAGUUGAUGAAAAUGUUUUCGCUGAUCCAAGUUCUCUUGAAGCAGGAAGACUACUGGUAAAGACAAGCCGUCAACAAGAAGAUACUUUAUCACCGAACUUCUUAACUAAAAUUUCAAAUCGUAUUGCUGGUACUGGUUCCGAAGCUAACCCAGAUGCAGCAUCCAAAAGACACUCAACAAUAUCAUCAGAUAAAUCAGAGGCUAAUGAUAAUUUCUUAACACCAAUCAGCAGACCAUAUCCUGACGAUAAUAGAACUAUAAGUAAUGAAAAUUUACUUCAUCCAGGUAGUUCCUCAGUUCUGGGACCUGCCAAUGCAUCAGUAGUACUGCUGUUUCCUGCAGGUGUUCCAAGCGAAGGAUUAGGUUUAUAUUCACAAGGGGAUCAACCAUCUAACAGUGAAGUUGAUGAUGAUGGUGAAACUCAUUACACUACUGACUCAAGAAGACCAUCCUUCAGACCAUCACGCAGAAGUUCAAAAAUUAGCUCUCAUAGCACCGUAUAUCAAGGGAAUAAAGCAUCCAGACAUUUAUUUGGUAAUUCACUUAACAUCUUUUCCCCCCAAUCAAAACUAAGACAAAUAUGUUUUAGAGUUGCAUCCCAUCCAUCACUUAAUUUCAUAUUAUUAGUUUUAUUACUGUUACAAACUGCAUUGCUUGCUUAUAGACAAUGGAAUCCCGAUGCACUUCAUGGUUACGUUUCUGAAGGUUAUAAUUGGGCCGAUUAUGCAUUGAUGUUAAUAAAUAUCUUAUAUACCAUAGAAGUCAUUGCCAAGAUCAUUGCUUAUGGUUUCGUGAAUGAUCAUAUCAUGUUUGAAACACUUAAUUUACCAUACCCUGAAAGUCAAUUCAAUCUAUUCCAUUACAAUCCCUUCAAUAUACAAAAAUUAUUUCAUGUAUGGGGAAUUUAUAGACAAGGAAAUAAAAAAUUCAAUAAUAACCUUUAUGAUUAUUACCAUAAGGCUAAUGUUUCAUCAAGUGAUCAAGAAAGUUCAGGAGGUGAUGAAAAUGUCGAAAUAAGUUUACUGGAUAAUGAUAUUCCAAAUUCAACAUUAGAACGCAGCAAUCAUCAUCUUAACUACAACAAUAGCCUUCACGAUGGAAUUUAUCUGCAUGCCACUGGAGAAGAACAAAUCAGAGAGAAUAUAGAAUUGAAGAAUGUUCCCGUUAAUAUCAGUCAAAGGUUGAAAACUAAGAAUACCUUACUUUUACCUGAAAGCUAUUCGAGCAUAGAUCAACUGAUCUUAAAGAGAGCUUAUGCUCGUAAUAGUUGGCACAGAAUUGAUUUUGUAUCAACAGUUUGUUUCUGGAUUUCCCUUGUGCUUUCCAUAAACCAUUAUGAUGCCGAACAUCGUAUAUUGAUAUUCAGAACCUUAAGUUGUCUUCGUAUCUUAAGACUUUGUAAUUUAACAAAUGGAACUUCUACAAUUUUACUGUCAUGUAAAGCUGCCAUUCCAAAAUUAAUUGAUAUUUCUUUUUUCAUUGGUUUCUUCUGGUUGGCAUUUGGUAUAAUUGGUGUUCAGUCGUUCAAAGAGUCUUUAAGUAGACAUUGUGUUUGGACAAAUCCUGAUGAUCCAACUGAUACAUAUGUGAAUAUCAUGUCAUUCUGUGGUUCUUAUACUGGAUUGGAUGGUACUGCCCAACCUUAUCUUUAUAGUGAUGGAACGCCAUCAUUAUCUAUAAAAGGUUACAGGUGUCCAAUGUAUUCGCAAUGUAUCUCUGGAGAAAAUCCUUAUGGUGGUACAGUUAAUUUCGAUAAUAUCUUACAAUCCUUAGAAAUGGUAUUUGUCAUUAUGAGUGCAAAUACAUUUACUGAUAUUAUGUAUUACACAAUGGAUACCGAUACUAUGGCUUCUUGUUUAUUUUUUAUUGCUGCCAUUUUCAUCUUGACGGUUUGGUUAAUGAAUGUUUUCAUUGCGGCCAUUGUUACUUCCUUCCACCGUAAUAGAGAGCAAACAGAAGAAAGAGCAGGUGGUAUAUGGAAGUAUUUAUUCCCACCUGCUGAUGCCUCUACUUUCAAUGAAAGGAUUGAUAAAGCUAAAGAACAAAAUGUAUUCUUAAAAUAUUAUUAUAAUUUUGAUUUUAUCUUUGUCUUGUUGAUUUUUGCAGACUUGUUGGUUCAAUGUUUAAGAAAUUAUAAUAUGACGGAUUUAGAAAAGCAUGCACUUUAUCGUAUAGAAGCUGCUUUCACGUGUACUUUCUUGGCUGAGAUUGUGGUUAGAUUUUUAUUCCAUAUGCCCAAUUUCAGGUUAUUCUUUGCAUCCAGAAGAAAUGUGUUUGAUUUGUUUUUGGCAACUAUCACUAGUAUUAUUAUACUUAACCCAGUUAAAGAAAAACUAGGUCAUGCAUAUUACUGGUUGACGGUAUUCCAGUUAAUGAGAUUUUACAGAGUUGUGUUAUUCUCUAAGAUUACUAGAAAUCUUUGGAUUAAGAUCAUGCGGAAUUUCAGAGCCAUAUAUGAUUUAACUUUGUUCUACUUUAUUUUUUUAAGUUUGGUAAGUAUUCUAAUGGCUAGAUAUUUUGAAGGGGUAAUUCCUGUUGAUGAAAUUGAUAAUGUGGACUUUGCAUUAAACACAUUACCAAACACUUUUAUUGCCCUUUAUGUUAUUACUUCAACAGAAAAUUGGACUGAAAUUUUAUACCCUUUACAAGAGUAUGGAUAUUCGCCAAUAGAAAGAGCUUUUGGAACUAUGUUUUUGAUCGCUUGGUUUAUAUUAUCCAACCUGGUUAUUUUAAGUAUUUUCAUUGCUGUGAUUGCCGAUGCUUUAGAAGUUUCUGAAGAAAUUAAAAGAGAAAAACAAUUACAUCAGUUUAUUUUUAAUAUGGUCAGCAAUUUGCAAACACUGAAAGAAGAAGGAAGUUUGUUAUCGAAACUUAAAAAGAAGUUCUUUAAGACCAAAACAAAGAGAGAUGUGUUUGAAAGAGCUAUAAUGAAUUUUUUGUUGUCAGGUAGGGAAAUCGAUAAUUUUUUAGUUGACAAUCAGAUUGAUGUUAAAGAUAGCCGUGGUGAAGAAAGUAUUAGAGAAUUACCUUCAUCAUCUUUGAAGAGAUGGUUCUUAGUAAAUUAUCAUAGUUAUAAAACUAUGUUUAGUAAUCCAUUUUACUUGAAGAAUGAUAUGAAAGUCUCUCUCCAUAAUUUCGAACCUUCUGAUUUUGCAAAUGCUAUAAUGAUAGAAAGAAGAGAAUUACUUAGUAAACAAAAUAGAUUCUUAGAGGAAAAUCCUAGAUAUAACAAUGUGUUCUAUGUUAUUACACCUCAACAUCGAUUAAGAAGAUUUUGUCAAAGAAUGGUGUCAUCAAGUUAUGGGGAUAGAAUAGAUGGGGUAGAACCAUAUAAACGAAGUUCAGAAAUAUUCUCCAUUAUCAUGUUUCUUGCCACCAUUGCUUUAGUUAUCACAGCUUGUUAUUUGACUCCACUUUAUAGAAAGAGACAAGUUGAAUUAUACGGUAAUUACAAUUGGGCAUUUUGGUUAGAAGUUGCUUUCAAUGUUUUAUUUACCCUGGAAUUCCUCAUUAAAAUCUUUGCGGAUGGAUUAAUAUUUACUCCCAAUGCGUAUAUGAGAACGGCUUGGAAUUUGAUUGAUUUAAUGGUUUUAGUUUCAUUAUGGAUCGAAUUAAUUGCAUUUUUAAAAGAUGAUGGUAAUUUAGCCAGAUUCAUUAGAGGUUUAAAGGCUCUAAGAGCAUUAAGAUUGUUAACUAUCAGUGAUACUGCAAAGUCUACUUUCCACAAUACACUUAUUUCAGGGUUUGGUAAGAUUAUAAAUGCAGCUGUUAUCUCCCUUUGUUUAUUAUUUCCAUUUUCUAUUUGGGGAUUGAAUAUUUUUGAAGGUAGAUUAGGCUAUUGUAUAGAUGGAAGUUCACAAUUAAAGGAUUGUUAUAAUGAAUAUAAUGCUACAUAUCUCAAUUGGGACAUUGUGAGUCCAAAUGUUUAUACCAAUCCUCUAUUACAAUUUGAUGAUUUUGGAACUUCAUUUGUGAGUCUUUUCGAAAUUAUUUCUUUAGAAGGUUGGGUUGAUUUAUUAUCAAAUUUGAUGAAUAGUACUGGUGUAGGUACGGUUCCAGAACCUUUUGCAUCACCAAUCAAUGGUGUUUUUCUUGUGUUUUUCAAUUUAAUCAGUACAAUUUUCAUCCUUACUUUGUUUAUUUCAGUCAUCAUAAAUAAUUAUGGUCGAACAACAGGAAGAGCUUAUUUAACUGGUGAUCAAAAGCUUUGGUAUCAAGUAAAGAAAAUCUUAUUACAAGUUAAACCAUCGAAAAGAAAACCUGUUGAAAAAAUGACAUCAUUCCGAAGAUUUUGUUAUAGAAUGACAGUGGAAAAGAAUAAAUAUUGGAUGUUACUCCUAAAUCUUAUCUUAUUCAUUCAUGUGAUUGCUUUAUUGCUUGAAUUCUAUCCAACCCCCAAUGGUCUAGAUUAUAUGAGAUCGGUUGCUUAUAUGGUUGUAUCAAUGAUCUUUUUUAUUCAUUUCAUAAUGUUAUGUAUUGCCCAAGGACUAAGAAUUUUCUUAGGGAAUAAUUGGAAUUUGUUCAGUACUGUGGUUUGUAUUGGAGCUGUAAUAAGUACUUUUAUUGGAUUCUUCCUUUCUGAUGGUAGUGUAUUCGUUAACAUCAACAAAUUGUUCUUGGUUGGUAUUCUAACAUUUGUGAUUCCAAGAAGUGAUCGAUUAAAUCAAUUAUUAAGAUUUGCCUCAGCUGCUUUACCAGCCUUCAUUUCCUUAGCAUUUACUUGGAUAGUGGUGUUUUUGGUAUUUGCAAUUGCUUUGAAUCAAAUCUUUGGUUUAACCAAAAUUGGGCCAAACGGUACAGGAAAUAUCAAUUUAAGAUCAGUUCCAAAGGCAUUGAUUAUGUUAUUCAAAUGUAGUUUUGGAGAAGGUUGGAAUUAUGUUAUGGAUGAUUAUGGUCUUUCACCACCCUUUUGUACUUCAAGUGGUAGUAUUGAUGAAAGUGAUUGUGGAAAUAAACAAUUUGCAUAUUUCCUAUUCAUUUCUUGGAAUAUUUUAUCGAUGUAUAUCUUUGUGAAUAUGUUCGUGUCAUUAAUUUUGGAUAGUUUCAGUUAUGUCAAUUAUAAAUCUGGUUAUGGGAAUUUAAUUGAUAGAGAUGAAAUCAGAAAAUUUAAAAGAAGUUGGCAAAAAUUUGAUCCUCAAGGUACAGGUUAUAUCAAACCCAUUGAUUUACCAAAAUUACUUCAUACCUUAGAUGGUGCAUUAUCAUUUCAUUUAUAUUCUGGAAGUUUAGAAAUCCCAGUAUUGUGUAAACGUUGGUUUAUAAGAAAUGAUAUAAAUGAUCCAUAUGAUGUCACUCCUCGAUAUGAUGCUAUUCAAAAAACUUUAGAUAGAAUGGAUAUACCUAAAAUCAGAGAAAGACGUCAACAAUAUGAAAGAUUUAUAGAAGAGGCAUUAUACACCAUGGAACUUAACGAAGAUCCUGGUAUUUCUUUCAGUAGGAUUUUAUUACAAUUACCAUUUUAUAUAUCAUUUGAAGCAGGUAAAUGUCUUAAUUUAAUUGAUUUCUUGGAACGAACAUUAUUAGAAAAGAGAGUUACUAAGCAAUUACAUAUUAAGAAAGUUUAUGAAACUAUGGCGGCAUUUGCAUGUCGUUGGAAAUAUCAAAAAAAUAAAAGAUUGGGAAUUAGAGAUCCAAAUAUUGAUGUUGGUUCUAAUUUUAUUCGAAAUAGUUAUUUAUCAAAUGAGAAUUAUAAACCUGAUAAAGACCCAGAAGGCUCAUUACAUGAAUAUGAAGAUGAAGAAUAUGCAGAUGAUGAAAGUUUUAAGACGGGAGAUGAAGAAUUUCUUGGUGCAGGUCAUGAAGAAGGAGAUACGUCGCAUGGGUCUUAUAUACCUAAGAGUCCUAUUUCGGCUUAUAAAGCCACAAGGCUUAGAGAUGAACGUAACUCCAUUUAUAUCGAAAUUCCUCAUACGCUGGGUAUAGAUUCACCACCAUCGAGGAGAGGGUCACGGUCUAGGUCGGCAUCAAGAUCACCUUUCCAUGAUCCAGUACAUCUUACCCCCAAUUUUGGCGCUGAAGAUGAAGGAGCUCAUACACCUACUAGACGUAUGUCAUAUAUUCCUUUAUCAGAUGUAGGAGAAAUCAUUGGAAACUCAUCAUGGGGAGAUGCUCUUAAUACAAUUAGAAGUAGAGAUAGUCAUAGUCCCAAGCGAAAGUGAUUAUUAAAUAAUUCAUAUAUAUAUAUAUAACGGGAAAAUUAAUGUUUAUCUAUUUAUUAAAUCGA